CUAAUCACUUUCUGUUAACUAUCGUCCUCUGAGGCUCUGACUCUUCUCAUCCCCGCGGCGCCAUGAAAAGUAGCAGAAGAGAAAACAGACAAGACCACCAGGUCGUCCACCACCGUCAACAACGCCAUGGUCACGUCGGAGAGACCUGGACUGUCAAGCCUAUCCAAAAUCGACCUCAAGAAGAUGCCGCCAAAAACCAACAACAAGAGCCAAAGGAAGAGCGUUCCAAUUACAAUUCCCGGUCAACUUCUCAGGCGUAUAUACUCGAACCCUCAUCCAGUUCGUCCCCAAAAUCCCAUAAAUUUCACCGAAACCCUAGGCGUGUUUCACGCAAUCGGAAUAACAACGCGGUCAAAACUCGGUUCGUAAGGAAAUCUGAGCUGGAGUCCGCUUCUACUUCCGAACUUGUUUCAUUGAAUGAUGAAGUGGGUUCUUUGAGUUUAGGCGAAGAGGUGAACGGGACUCAAGAAGGGAAAGAAAACGAAGGGGAUGAUUCGUCGUUGAAAAUUGAGAUUGCUAGAGAAGGAAUUGAGGAGCAUGUGUCAGGGGAGGGUGUGGAUGAGGUUGUGAGAAGAUUGGAAGAGCUCUGGAUGGGGACGGAUGAGCCGGAGUUAUUGGAGGAGCAGCUUAUGAUCAAUGAUCAGCUGCAGGAGGACGAGUUACUUGUUUUGGAAUCCAUUUAUGGAGACAAUGCCUUCAUCCUUGACAGUCAGAGGGGACUACGAUCUGUGCGGAUUAAUAUACAGAUUGAGACUCCCAAUGAACUUACUAUAAUUGCAAAGCUAAAUUCAUCAGCUGAUAAGGUCACAGGUGAAACUUCGGAUGACUUCUCAUACUCAUUCAAGGUUCAGCAUCUACCACCGAUUGUUUUGAGAUGCUUAUUACCUAAAUCAUACCCAAGCCUCCUUCCUCCCCAUUUUGCCAUCUCUGUUCAGUGGUUGGAUGCCAGUAGGAUUUCAAAUCUCUGCUCUAUGCUGGACUCUAUAUGGAUGGAACAACCCGGACAGGAAGUUAUGUAUCGUUGGAUUGAGUGGCUGCAAAAUUCCUCUCUUUCUCAUCUUGGUUUCGAUAAAGAAAUUAUUCUUGGUCCGUAUGGCAUAAGAAAUACUGGAGACAGGCGCGCAGUUUCAGGGAGUGUAUCCCUGGAUGUUGAUGUUCCUUCAAUCAGGAGUUACAAUGAUGAGAUACACCAUGAGAACUUUUGCAAGAAUUUGCACGAGUGCUGCAUCUGUCUGACUGAGCAUGCUGGUACUGACUUUGUCAAAUUGCCAUGUCAGCACUUCUUCUGCUGGACAUGCAUGACGACCUAUGCUGACAUACAUAUGGCAGAACGCAACAUAAGCAAGCUUCAAUGCCCGGAUGCAAAAUGCGAGGGUAUGAUUCCACCCAGUUUGUUGAAACAGUUACUCGGUGAUAAGGAGUAUGAACGUUGGGAGUCCUUGAUGUUACAGAAAACGCUUGAAUCAAUGUCUGAUGUUUCUUAUUGCCCACGGUGUGAAACACCAUGCAUAGAGGAUGAAGAGCAGCAUGCCCAAUGCUCCAAAUGCUACUUUAGUUUUUGUACACUGUGUGAUUUGCCACGCCAUGUUGGGAUGGAAUGCAUGACAACAGAGUUCAAGCUUAAUAUCUUGCAGGAACGGCAAAAUUCGUCUGGACUCAAGGAUCACCAAAAGCGCAAGGAGCGUGACAUGAUCAAUGAGCUACUUAGUGUCAAAGAGAUAUUUCGUGAUGCCAAGCAAUGCCCUUCUUGCAAAAUGGCAAUCUCAAGAACCGAAGGUUGUAACAAAAUGGUUUGUUCCAACUGUGGGCAGUACUUUUGCUACCGCUGUAACAAGGCAAUUAAUGGAUAUGAACAUUUCAGGGGAGGAUCAUGUGAAUUAUUCCCACAGGAAGAGAUUCGGCGCUGGGAAGAACACAUCAAUGUCCACCGGGUUGUUGCUCAGAUUCAUGGUGAUGGACGUGGUCAGUCAUGCCCUAUUUGUCGUCAAUUCAAUGCAAAGAUGGGCAACAACAAUCACAUGUUCUGCUGGGCAUGCCAAACCCGCUACUGCUAUCUAUGCAAAAAGACUGUCAAACGCAGCGCUCAGCAUUAUGGACCCAAGGGUUGCAAGCAGCACACAGAUGGAUAGCACUUGGUCAUCUCAAAUUGAACCAAAAACAAGAUCCUUGGCGCGCUAGCUAGUUGACAAUGCCUACACUCAUUGAUUUUUCGGGCACGCAAUACAUCUUUUAAGCUUUGUGUAUAUUGGUUCUCCGGUACCAUAUUCUCCCAGCAGGUCUGGCUGCUGCAGAUAGAGUUAGGUACCUAUGUAUACUGAACGUAUUCAUCCUACAUUCCUACUCGAGUUAAUUUCUUCAAAAUAAGGGUAAAGAACAAAAAUAAAGCCAAGGUUUAUGGUAUAA